GGCAGGUCCGAAUAAAAGCAAUACAUCUGUUCUAAUAAGUGCCAGACAUACACUAAACACCGUAGACCCCUAGGUUCAUAGUAAUCUUCAUAGUAAUCACGCAAAUAUUCGUCUAUACGUAUUAUCCUAAAGAAAAUACGAAAAUACGAAUUAUCAAUAUGACGGAGGAAAGAAACGGGACGGGGGUUGUGAAGCCAACUCUGAAUUUACACCACCCCGUCAUCCAAAGUGUAACCCGAGAACGGCAUAGACAUAAUGCGGAAAUGCGCCGUGUCAGACAAGAGCUUACCAGGUUAGAAACAGAGCAGGAUCGCUUAUGGGUAGAAAACGAGCAGCUCAAAACUCUGCUGAAUCACUUACCCGACGAUAAUUCUUUAGAUCAGUUCGUUGCACGCAUCGGCGAAUUAGAAAAACAGAACGAUGCCCUCGAAGACGAAGUCCACAAAUUACAAGGCCUGUCCCCUGACGACGCGAGAGAGUUACGGGCUGAUCAUUUUCCUACGCACGCCCGUAAUAGUAUAACACGGGAUGACCUUGCCCUUGAAUACAGAAACUUCGUAGACGAAAUUAUAAAUCUCAUAUAUCAGUGGGUGUCACCCCUAUUAAACGACGAGAAGCACGCUGCCGAGGUUAUCCAAACCGCCGUAAGAGACGGGACCGCCAAGGAAUUCAUCGGUUGGAUGGAAGCGUACCCGGACAUUGCCCGGCUCUCGUCUUUUAACAUGUCAACCGAAUAUGUAAUCUUAGCCAUCGUCAUGCGAUGGAUAGACAACGAGAUCUUCGAGGCGGAGGUGUGCGGCAUCGCCCCCGAGAUUCUCACCGCGCUGGAGAACAUCGAAGACUCCCUUUACCACAACGUCAAACCGCAACCGCGCCCCGUCGAAAUCAGGAGAUGGCGCCAAAAUACAAACUACGCGCUACUACAGCAUCCCGAAUAUAAAAACACGCGCGACGCCCACGAGAAGAAACUGGCGGGUGACCUGCAGCACAUACUGCGCUUCCUCCCCGGCGCCGGCGCCGCGGGCGCGAUAGACAACAUCCGCAACACGAUGGUGUUCCGCGCGCUGGAGAUCAACGAGCUGUUCGCCACCUCGGUGGACCACUUCCAGCUCCAAGCGUGGGAGUUCCUCGCGGGACCCAACACAGUCGAGACCACAUCGGCCGCCGAGCUGUACGAGUACCGGGAAUGGUUCGAGCUCGAGGACCCGCUCGACAACGCCAACAAGGUCGACAUCGAGGACAAGAGCCUCGAGGAGGCCACGCGCAGGCUCGAUCCCGUCUGCGCGGUCAUCCCCGCCGUCGUGCUGAGACACGCCGAGAACCCCGACGACGUCACGCUGUGCUGCAAGUCGUACAUCGUCGCCUCGUGGGGACUGCCCAAGACUAGGGAACGCAAGUGGAACGAGCAGACGGCGAGCUUUUUGAACGAAUUGCUGUCGGGCUAGCGGGAUAGCUAGCUAGCUUCGAGAUGUUUUAAUAUUUAAUAGGGAGGGGAGGGGAGAGGAUGGGAUGGGAUGUGAUGCCGUUCGUCGACCGGAGGAACCAUGUCGGGUAGGACUGAUACCUACAUAGGGUUGGCUAUAGGUUAAGAGUGUCUGUAAGGGUAUUGGGAGCUGCUACCUACCUACCUAGGAGGCUUUGAGGUAGCGCUUUCUAUUCUCCCUGGAAUCGGGUUUCCACGUAUUAGUCUGCAUCGCGAGUAUAAGACAAGGUAGUUUAGCGAAUUUAAACGAAUUGUAUAAUGGUUUAUACAUACCUGUUAGUUAUUAAGAUAAGAAACUUAAGAGAGGUCACCGUCGGCCACACGUUUUUUAGUCCAGGCGUUGUAGUUAAGGCCAUAUAUAUACUCUGACCUCACUGUCCUUCUGAUCUAAGGGAUAGCUGCUGUCUAGUGUAUAUUGCAUAUCAGUAUAUUGUUUCGUAAAUGAACCCUUUGACCUCUCUUUUAGCAAAGUAUAUUAUGU